AUGAGGCCGAAGUGCCUCUCCAUUGCUCGGAAGACGAUCCCAAGAGCAUCAGAUCCUACGAAAGGCCAUCGUCAAAAACACGCGACGGCGGCGAAGCGAAAAAGACGAGAGCAAGGGAAGCACAUGAUCAAAGGUGUAAAGGGAGAGCAACAGCUGUUCCUCGUGACCCCGGAGAGCGUGCGCGUGAGGGCUGGCGAUGAUGUGUUCCUCCGCUGCAUCGUUCGGAACCAGCAGGGCAACGCUCAGUGGACCAAGGACGGAUUCGCUCUCGGCUUCGGUCGAACAGUGCCAGGCUACCCACGAUACAGGUACGCCGGUGACAGUGCCAGGGGAGAGCACCACCUAGUUAUCAAGGGCGUGACACUACAGGACGACGGGGAGUAUCAGUGCCAAGUGGGACCGACUGCCAACGCCACCGCUAUCUGGGCAGCGGCUAAUGUCACUGUUUUGGUUCCCCCCGAGAUCAUCAGCAUCAACGGGCGGCCGGACGGGGCAGCGGUGCGGGCGCGGGCGGGCAGCGGCCUCACACUCGAGUGCCUGGUGGAGAAGGGGCGUCCGGCGCCGAGGGUGACGUGGCUCAGGAACGGCCUCCAGAUGGAUCCAGGCCAGCAGGAGGACGAGAUCCUAGCGUCGCCCUCCUCGCCGCUGCUCUGGACGGUCCGCAGCCGCGUGCGGUUACGGGCGCGGGUGGAGGACGACGGGCAGCGGUACACCUGCCGCGCCCUCCAGCUCACUCCCGAACUUGACGAGAACCAAGACAAUCUCGCUCCUCCAAGCUGGAACCUGACCAACUCCGCAGAUGAGACGCCGGAGUUUGGGCCGCCGCAUGUGCAAGCCGGGACGCGAGAAAACGGAGACACAAUAGCCUCGAGGGGAGACUCCGCUAUUUCUUCGCAACUUCCGCCAACCUCUUCUCAAGAUGCUGGGGGGCCUUCUGCGGGUGGAUCUGUGCCCUUGGAAGUCAGCGUCGUCAUCUCGGUGUUGUUGAUAAAGAAUAACACAUUACCUGAACCCCAUCACAGAAAUCACGACCACGAUAUCAAAUAUAACACUCGGAAUUACAUAGAGAGAGGUGUCGUGUUGUCCAGGGCAACCGACGAGGGAUGCAGGGAAGCAACGGGGACCUUGGCCUUGCAACACGAACGGUCCCUCGCUUGCCAGAUGGGGCUGACAAUGUAUACCAUUAGCUACGACGAAACCCACAAGCUUUCCGAAGGGGAUUCCGUCAACCUCACAUGCACCGUGGGAGCCGCCAACCCUCGUCCUCGCUUAUCUUGGUUCAAGGACGGCCUCGAGAUAACUCCCCGCCCUACCGAUACAGCAGAACAAGGGUUAGAUAAGCCGAGUGCGAGUCUAAGCAUCACGAAGGCGGUGACGGCGACGCGGAUGGAGGAUGGCGCCGUUUACGAGUGCCGGGUCAACACCUCGCUCUUUUCGCGUCCUCUGGCCUCUGACGUCACGCUCAGUGUGCAGUAUCCGCCGAGCAACGUGACGAUGACAGGCCCCGAGGUGGUGGGAUCUGGCAACAGUGUCACCUUCACCUGCAUUACGUCAUCUGCAAACCCAGCUGCUAACGUGACCUGGACUAUUCACGGGUCAUUGAACAAGAGGAGCAAAUCCAGCGUGACCAGAGGACCAGAGGGGGGGUGGGUCACGACCUCCACGUUGACCUAUCGCGUUGCAAGGUCGAGUAAUGAGCUGGUUGUUCGUUGCAUGGCAAGGAAUGCAGCUUCUUCCUCCCCCGUCAUCACGAGCAAAUCAGUUCAGGUUAUCAAGACCCCAAAGCCUCCGGUGGUAGAGGCCGACAUGAAGGGCACGGUGGUUGCAGGCACUGUCCUUGACCUGACCUGCACCACCCACGGAGGUCACCCGCCACGCCAGGUCAAGUACGUCCUUGACGGUAUGAUACUCGUCCUAGAGACCCUAGUGAUGUUCAAAGGCGAAGAACAAAUGGACAUCGAAGUAGAAGAAGACGAGAACAUGACAGUGGCCCACACAGCGAUCACAGUAGAACCUUCAGACAACAAAGCCAAGAUAGUGUGUGAGGUUCAGAACCCUACGUCUCAAGAACCACUAACUGGACACACGACGAUCAGCUUGUUUUGUAUUGGUCUAGUUCCAGCGUGGGAGGUCAAGGGUUGGGUCAAUCCUCGGAGUGUCGAGGUGAAGGAGGAGGUGACCCUCGGCUGUGAGACUUCGCCUAGUAUCCCGCCCUCGACUGUGACCUGGCACUCGGGAGGAGCCACUCUAGAGGGCGCCACCACGAAGCAGUAUCCGGGCAAAUACGGGGGAACUGUAACUAGCUCGGAACUGCGUGUGAGGCCGCUUGCAGAUGACAACGGACGCGUGUUUUCGUGCAAUGCAAACAACGGCCUCGGAGUCACCGUGUCUGCAGAUCUGGUCAUUGACGUCUUACAAUUGUAA